UCUCAAAUUUGCAUAGUCUUUAAUUUAGUGUCUCUAUCUCAACUCUCAAAUUUGCAUAGUCUUUUAAUUUAGUGUCUUUCUCUCAACUCUCAAAGACUCAAAGUUGUGUCUUGGCUUGCAAUCCCCAUAUAUAUGGCUGAAACAAUGUCCCCUUCUACUGCGAUUACUACCAAUUUAAUCUUUGUAGUACUGCUUUUCUUGGCACAUUCACCAGGUUCACAUUCAGCCACUGUUACAUUGGUUAACAAUUACAAGAACACAAUAUGGGUAGCCAUUGUGUCUAGCCCAGGAACGUUGCACUCACCCCCGCCCUCGACUAGUGGCUUGGCCUUGCAAGCGGGUGAGUCCAACGUUAUCGCCCUAGCCACAACUUGGUCAGGGCGCAUAUGGGGACGAAGCCUCUGUUCGGUAGGUCCUACCCGAAAAUUUUCCUGCGUCACAGGUGAUUGUGGCUCUUCCCGCCUGGAAUGUGUUGAUGGUGGACACAUCAAAUCUCCGGCUACCGUGGCGGAGCUCACUCUGACGGCCGACAGCAGCCACCUGAACUCUUACAGAGUGAGCCUCGACCACGGGUAUAAUCUCCCCAUGAUAGUGGAGCCUCUGAGCCGCAGAACAUUUAACUGCAUGGCAGCCGGUUGCACGGUGGACUUGAGCACGGCGUGCAGGGAUGAGCUGAAGGUGAUUCAGAAGGGAGAGGUAGUGGCAUGUUAAAGUGGGUGCUAAGCAUUCGGUGGUCCUGAAUAUUGCUGCGGCGAGUGCGAGAACCUCUACUCCAGGUUCUUCAAGACUACUUGCCCAGAUUCUUACAUCAGUGCUUAUAACAAUGGAACAUUUACUUGUCCCUCCGUCGAUUACCUCAUUACUUUCCAACACUCUGAAGACUCCACAAGUUCAUCAAGAAGGGAGCCGGGGAACCCAACAGCGGCGGAGCACAACAAAAAUCCGGUGUCAGCCAUUAUUGCCGAAGUGGUCUCUGCGGUAAUUCUAAUUGUUGUUGGAGGAGGCUAUGGAGCAUACAAAGUGAAGUGUUUCUUCUCAAACAGGAAUUUUGAGGCUGAAGUCGAAAUGUCCACCACGGAAUAAUAUAUAAUUAUAUAUAUGAAUAUGAUUCACUCACACUUCUUUUUCUAUACCAUCUCAUUUUCACUAAUUUUCUCUUUUUAUUUUUUUCUUCUUUCUCUAUCACAUCACUUAUUUUAUCUUUCUUUUGUCUCUUAUUUCUCUUUUUAUUUAUCAGGUGGAGAUGGAAUUUAUUUGUGAACAAACAAUUAUUCAUCAAGAUAUACAUAUUUAUGACUAUUUACACAGUUCUUAUCUCUAGACAGGUGCAUCAAUACUGUUUGUUGUUGUUGUUGGAGAUUAAAGCCCUUGUUUGCCUUUCUUAGGAGGUUGUGCCUACCCAGAUUCACGUGAAGAUAAUGUUGUUGUGGAUGCUCUGACAAGAAUGGGUGUUCAGAGCUCUUCUGAGAGAGUGUUCUAUCAUCUCCACCUUGGGGUUUACUAGAGUUGAUUGCUAUUUGCUAAUGAUGUCUUAAGGGUUUCUGUUUAAGGCCUUAGGCUCUUCUUGUUUUUAACAUUUGUACCAAAACAAAAUUAAAAAGAUUGGUGAAAUUGGCUAAGCAGAUUCAGCUGCCUAUCUAUGACUAUGUGUUGUUCAUUAGUCCUAGUUCACUUUGCUUUUUUAUUUCUGUCUUGUGUCUGCUAGCCUUUUCCUUAUGUACAAAAAUAUGAAUAGGAAAGCACCAAAAGAAGGGAAUAAGAAUCUAUCUUUCUCCCUUUUUAAUCAUAUAUACUACUUUUUUUUAAUAAUUACUUCCAAUGUUAAAUUAAGGGGUGCAUACUUGGGUGCCCAUAAAUUUAAGCGAGUGUAGGCUACAGAAGUGAGGUGUACCAAUAAUGUACGAACACUUAAUAUGAUAAGUGCUGACUAGAUCUUUUUAAAAAUAUUUACAUCAUGACCCCGGCUGAAUUUUAGCUUACUAAAUAUGCCCUCAUCCUUUUUAAUAACGCUUAAAACCACUUUUGGCUCUUACAAAUUUGAAGUGUGCAAAAGAGUCCCUGAAAAAUUUUAUUAGCAUUUUCAGUCUCACACAUUAUCCUCUUCAUCGUUUUUUCCGUCAAAAAUCUAAUGGCUUCUAGAAAAUUCAGAAACAUUCAUGCACUACUUUAUCUUCUUCAUACACCAUUCCUUCAUCUUCAUAUGUUCUUCAAAAAUUUUCCAGAAAGUUGGGAAAAAAUGGGAAUGAAAAAGAAAAAGAAAACAUGUUAACUAUAACCCACCCACCUCAGAUAAAAAAAAAACCAUAACCCACCCACCCUCAAAUCCCAAAACGUAGAAAGAUCAGAUCACGAUGAAAUUAAAAGAGAGGAAAGAUAAUGCAUGACUGAUGAGGAUGCAAAUCAGAUCUUUGUUGUUGUCCCUUCCUUCUUCACUCCCUUUCCUCUUUCUCACACUCACUUGUUACCCCGCACCCGCAAUCCUCAACCACCGCGCACGAUCGUGGCUGCGCUUGAAGAUGCGCAUUUUCCCUCCGCCGUCGGCGAUUCUCAAUUCCACCCUCAAAUCUGAAAUAGAUUGUUGAGAAGGGGUGGGUUGAGAAAGAAUUUACGGGUGGUUUGUGUUACGGCCAUGAAGCUUAGGGUUCAAAGCCUUCUUGUAGCUUCAGAAUCUUAAGAUUUGAAUUUUGAGAUCUAUUGAUUUCUGGAUUGAAGGAGAAAGAGAUGGAAAGGGUAAAGUGUGGGUUUUAGGGUUAGUUUAUAAUUACAAUAAACCUACAGGGCUGAUUCAAAGUUUCAAGAAGUCCAUAAAAUUAUUAAUCAAUAAAUCCAAGUGUAAUUUUCCUACUGGUACAUGUCACUCAUGUACUUGACCCAUAAUUUUUUUGCUUGUACCACAGAAAAUGCCAAAUUAAGGU